AACUAAUAAACAGGACAAUACUAAGAAGGUACGUACCCUCAAAAUUGGGAGUAAAAUGGACAAUAAAAAAUAAAUCCAAAGUUUGGAAUAUGUGCCUUAGCUUCAAUUAUGAAUAAUGUAAGCCUACGCAAGCAAAUGAAUCGGUCACAUUUAGAAGGUAAGAGAGAUUCAGGCUACCCAUCUGCUUCUGCCACUUCUCUCUGUAUAUAUAAAUACCUCUGUUUCUGCCCAGUUUCAAUACCUAUUUUUUCUAAAAUAAAAAAGAUACAACUAGUACUACAUUGUGCUUUAUCCUUUCUGGGUUUUUUGAGAUAAGAAUCAAGCUCAUCUGGGUUAAUCUUGGAGAAGGAGAGAGAGAAAAAAAUGUUGGAAGGAAAAGCUUUGAUUGAAGAUACUGAUAUGCCUUUGAAGAUGCAGAUCCAAGCUAUGGCUUCUGCUUCUCAUGCUCUUGAUCUUUUUGAUGUUUGUGACUGCAAAUCCAUUGCUGCUCACAUGAAAAAGGAUUUUGACAAGAAAUAUGGAGGAGGGUGGCAAUGUGUGGUGGGAUCAAACUUUGGUUGUUUCUUCACACAUUCAAAGGGAAGCUUCAUAUACUUCACACUCGAGACACUCAAAUUCCUCAUCUUCAAAGGUGCUGUCUCUUCUUGACAUCAGGAAGAAAGCAAUAGAAAAAGUGCACCAGGAAAAUUUUAAAAAAAAGGAAAAAAAAGGGGGGAAAGUGCAAUUAAGUAAAUUAAACCUUUUGUUUGAUGUCAUUAUCUUUCUAGGGUUUGUAAUUGUCAUCCCACUUUCAAGCCUUGAGAGCAGAUGCAAGGUUAUUUUUGGUGUUUUCCUUGCUGUGAUUAAGACAAUUUCACACAACCCCAGAUUUUGUAUAUUAUUUGUAGUUUUAUUAGUAGUAUUUUCCUGAUUUGAUGCUUUA